CUGUGAAUUGUCAAUGUCAACAACCAAAAUAAAACAAAAGAACAGCUGAAAAGCUGUCUCGAUUUCGACUUUCGAUUAAAAUUCCGUCUUUUCGUGAUUUAAUUAAAUUAGGUUAAGUUUUGUGAUUCUAGUCAUACUGUAAGGACUAAAGAAUCCUUAUCUAGUGUUAAAUUCAGUUCCUAAGAAAUAUCUUUAUUUUCCACGUGUUUCAUGGUUCGCAGUUUCUGUUUACUGGUGUUUCUUAUCGUUCAGCUCAACAAAAACGUGUACACAUAAGGAGAACAAACAGUCAUUGUUGAUAAUUAGGAAUUAUUAUUUAUUUAAAACGGUGUUGACACCCAUUACAAUCAUUUAAUUGUAUGUUGAUGAUUGUCAUUUUCAUACAUUUGGAAGAUGUUUAAAAAUUGCAACGCAAUUGCUUUUUGUGACUGAUUAUUUGGAGUCCUUCCACUAGUGAAAAAUGGCCAGUGAUCGGAAAAUCCUAAGUUUGAGGUUCAACCAGGACCAAGGUUGUUUCUCGUGUUGUAUGGAAAGUGGCGUAAGAAUUUACAAUGUGGAACCACUGGUUGAGAAAAGCCACUACGACGUUGAAACGGUCGGAAGUGUCUCAAAAUGUGAGAUGUUGUACCGCACCAACAUACUCGCACUAGUCUCGGGGGGCACCCGCCCCAUGUUCUCCGACAACAUCCUCCUCAUUUUCGACGACUUACUCAAAAAAUUCAUCCUGGAAAUAACUUUCCCCUCGUCCAUCCAAGCUGUGCGUUUACGCAAAGACAAAAUAAUCGUAGCUCUAUUGACAAGCAUCCACGUGUUCUCCUUCCCCUCGCCAACGCAGCGCCUCUUCUCCCUGGAAACCAUCAAAAACCCCAGAGGCUUGCUCGAGUUGAGCCCUCUGGGCGCAGGCGAGAAACAAAUCAUCAUUUUCCCCGGACAUAAAACGGGAAGCGUGCAAAUUCUGGACCUGGCCUGCACUGAAAUUGGCAUUUCCAGUGCCCCAGUCUGGAUCAGCGCCCACAAAGGCGAACUCGCCUGCUUGGCUUUCAACCAACAAGCCACCAAAAUCGCAACGGCCUCGGUCCAAGGCACCCUGAUCAGGGUCUGGGACUUGGCGACUAAAACGCAAUUGGUGGAGCUGAGGAGGGGCACAGACCCGGCCACCAUUUAUUGUAUCAAUUUUAGCAGCAACUCGGAUUAUUUGUGCUGUUCGAGCGAUAAAGGCACUGUGCAUAUUUUCGCAAUCAAAGACACGUCCCGUAACAAGCGAAUGAUAAUUGCAAAUACGAAUCUUUUCGGGAAAUACGCCAACUCGCAGUGGGCUUUGGCCAAUUUUACCGUCCCGCAAGAGUGUGCGUGUAUUUGUGCCUUUACAGAAAAUAAUUCUGUAAUUAUUGCUGCUUGUCUCGACGGCACGUUUCAUAAGUACGUCUUCAACCAAGACGGCAAUUGCAACAGAGACGGAUUCGAUGUUUUUCUCGACGUUUCAGACGACGUCGAAAAUUUACUUUAAAGUGGCAUGACAACUUAAUUUUUGAGCUAUUUUCUCACUUUUAUAUUCACACAUACAUGUCGUAAACAGUGGAAACCUCUUAUUAAUUUAUUGAACAAUAUAUGCUUAUUUACAACAAAAA